UUCACGCACGUGCCGCCACUCGUGAUUCAGUCUCUCUCUCUCCCUCUCCCUCUCCGUCGAAAAUCUUAUUCCUGCGUAUUAUAUUCAUUUCUUCGCUGUUCCUCACACUCUCCCCAACUAGAGUGAAGCACUCUUUCGCUGUUGCUCCACUCUAGAGAGAGAAACACUUCUUACACUCUCUCUCUCUCUCUCUCUAACAUGGCCGACGAACCAAUGCCCACGCGCUGGUCUUUCCAGGACUUUAAAGUGUAUUAUGAUGCCAAGUUUGGUAGGAAGAAGGCCUUGGAGAAUGGCGAGACUGGUGAUAAAGCGGUCAGUAAUGGAACUUCGUUAUCCAAUGGCAAUCUGCAUGCCAAGAGACCAUCGGAAAUGGCUGUUUAUGAGCAGUUUCAAAGCGAGGGGCAGAAUCAGACUCACACAAAUGGUUUUUCGCCGGCCAAUAUGGAUGAAAAGCCGCAGAAGUCUUUGCUUCCACCUUUUGAAUCUGCAGAUAUGCGAACUUUAGCAGAGAGCUUAAGUAGGGAUAUCAUUCGUGGAAGUCCAGAUGUGAAGUGGGAAAGCAUCAAGGGGUUAGAGAAUGCUAAACGGUUACUGAAAGAGGCUGUUGUAAUGCCAAUUAAGUAUCCCAAGUACUUCACUGGUCUGUUAUCCCCAUGGAAGGGCAUCCUCCUUUUUGGCCCACCGGGGACAGGAAAGACAAUGCUUGCAAAGGCAGUUGCGACAGAGUGCAAGACUACUUUUUUUAACAUUUCAGCAUCUUCGGUAGUCAGCAAGUGGCGAGGUGAUUCAGAGAAGUUAGUGAAAGUGUUAUUUGAACUUGCUAGGCAUCAUGCACCCUCAACAAUAUUUCUUGAUGAAAUUGAUGCGAUCAUUAGUCAACGUGGUGAAGCUCGCAGCGAACAUGAAGCAAGUAGACGUUUGAAAACUGAACUUCUCAUUCAGAUGGAUGGUUUGACACGGUCAGAUGAAUUGGUUUUUGUUUUAGCGGCAACCAAUCUUCCCUGGGAAUUGGAUGCAGCUAUGCUCCGACGUCUUGAGAAGCGAAUCCUUGUACCACUUCCAGAACCAGUAGCGAGAAGAGCGAUGUUUGAGGAACUCCUUCCUCCACAGCCUGACAACGAACCGAUUCCGUAUGAUUUAUUGGUGGAACAGACAGAAGGAUUUUCGGGGUCAGAUAUUCGGUUACUCUGUAAAGAGACAGCAAUGCAGCCCUUAAGACGCUUAAUGUCACAGCUUGAGCAGAGACAGGAGGAGGAGGUGGUUCCUGAUGAAGAGUUGCCAACAGUUGGGCCAAUCAGAUCUGAAGAUAUAGAGAUAGCUUUAAAAAACACAAGGCCGUCUGCACAUCUCCAUGCUCACAAAUAUGACAAGUUCAAUGCUGAUUAUGGUAGUCAAAUACUACAAUGAGAACUUUUAGUCAUUAUUGUUAGGGUCUCCACAAUUUGAUUGUCAUAAAAAAUGCUGUUGUACAACUAGGAAACGUAAAACAUUAUUUUGCUGUGAGUUUAUUUACAGCUUUUCUGAAGUGCAACUUUGCAUUUGGUCUUCUACAUUAUUGGUACCAGAUAUUUUUACAUAUCUAAAUGGUUGUGAUUAUAUUUUUAAAUCUCUCAUUAUUUGA